UAAUUUCAGGGUGUUCGACAGGUUCGAGUUCGAAUCGAGCCGAAUACUACUAUGUUCGAGCUUAGCUCCAUUAAUAUUUCAAACAUAAAACUCAACUCGUGAUCGAGUUCGAAAGCUCGUUAUGUUAGACUUGUUAGGUUCGAAAUCGAGCUUGAACUCUAGUUCGAUAAAAAGCCCUAUUCGUUAAUAGCCCUGGUUCACCACAUGUAUCAAGUGUCACUCCAUAUAGGGGUAAGCAAAUUCCGUUUCAACUAGAGUUCCCAUCUUUGGUUCUUGAUUUUCUCAACUAGAGUUCUAGUCCACUCCAUUCUCAACUUGAAAUAUUCUAAUCUGAAUCAAAUGGCCCUAGUAGAAGAAGCGACACAUGUGGCCGAUUCCGGAUUCCUAUCCCAAUCACCUAUAGAUAGAGAGGAAGAAGAGCGGCGCAGAUGGCUUGAGGUGGUGUCGAUUGAUCUGAGAGCAAGGAAGUGAUCGAUGUUCGGCGAGGAUUCAAAGUGAUCACAGAUCACAUCGAUGUUCGACCACCACCCGCUCUGCGUGGAUUCACAUCGAUCUGCGUUACCGAGUAGUCGACGCUCUCCAUCGCCGAAAGCAUCGCCGCUCGCCGCUCGCCGCUCGACGAUCGCCGCUCGCCGCUCGCCACUCUCCAUGGCUGAUUCGCUGCUUGCCGUAAGAAGCUCUGAGAAAAAAUAUGGCGUGGGAAGAUGAAGACCGCAGAUGGAACGGAAACGGGUGAAUAAGAGUCGGCAACUGGAAUUUUAUGAUCAGGGAUAAUUUGGUUAGCCAAGCGAUGUAUGGCGACACGUCUCCGAGAUUCUUCAUAUAUUGGACAGGGGAUUCGUAUAACAAUGGUUGUUACAAUUUGGGAUGCUCCGGCUUUGUCCAAAUUGGAAAUAAAUAUGCUCUUGGGGCAGCCAUUAGUCCGACCUCACAAUAUAAUGGAAAUCAAACAGACAUCGAGAUAUACAUUUGGAAGGAUUCUAAUGUUGGGCGUUGGUGGCUAGCGAUUGGAGCUAGUGAAUAUGUGCUUGGUUACUGGCCAUCUUCCUUGUUUCCAAAUCUUAGCAAAGGAGCAAGCAUGGUACAAUUUGGUGGAGAAGUAGUGAAUAGCAAUAUGAAUGGUGAACACACUACCACCCAGAUGGGGAGUGGGCGCUUCGCUGAUGAGCGCUUUGGGAAGGCUGCGUAUUUUCGAAAUCUUCAAAUGGUUGAUAGCAAUAACAACAAGUUUCCCUUAUCAAACCUUCAAGUUUCCACAGAUCGUCCUCACUGCUACAAUAUAUUGUUACAGCCCACCAAACCCGUUUGGGGCUGCUAUUUUUAUUAUGGAGGCCCCGGAAAAAAUCCAAAUUGUCCUUGAAAGAUCAAGAUGUACGUACUUUUUUGAAAAGAUAACUAAUUUGAGUAUAUGCAUUCAUGUGUAUGUAUUUCUUGUUUGACAAUUAUGUUAGACAUAGUUAAACUUCUUCGAUCAAACAUGCAUAUAUGGUUUGAUUGUACAAGCGAAGUAUGUGUACUAUAAUCAUAUACAUUUGGUAUUUGAGACAACAUCA